GCACCGGACCGCAUGAGCAGGGCGCACAAGGGAGUGGUGAUGUUCUUCGUGGGGGCGGGGUGGAGCGUGCAGAACAAGCUGCUGCUGCCCAACAAGGACCAAGGCUUCUUCCGCCUCGCCGCCCCCCUGGUGGUGGACUUGGGCAUCCUGGGAGUCAUGCUGGACCAGGUGCCCAUGAUGCCCAUAGACUUCUACAUGGGGCCACCCGGAGUGGGCAAGGCGAUGAUGUUGCAGGAGGAGCAGAUCAUGGCGCGUGAGUGA